CCUCCAUAGCAUCACUCUCAUUGAGACAUUUCCACAAACACAUUUUUUCCAAAACAAACCUUUUCUUUAUCUACUGACAUGGCCAGACCACAACAACGAUAUCGAGGUGUUCGACAAAGGCAUUGGGGUUCUUGGGUGUCUGAAAUUCGCCAUCCUCUCUUGAAAACUAGAAUUUGGCUGGGGACAUUCGAGACGGCGGAAGACGCGGCUCGGGCCUACGACGAAGCAGCUAGGCUUAUGUGUGGAGUGAGGGCUAGAACCAACUUCCCGUACAACCCCAGUGAACCUCAACCGUCAUCAUCAUCAUCAUCAUCAUCAUCAUCCAAGCUUCUGUCUGCAACUUUGAGAGCUAAACUACACAAAUGUUACCUGGCUUCACUUCAAAUGAUCAAACAACAAACGGUGCAGGAGCCUCGAAAUAAUGGAGCGACUCCACAGGUUAUGGGCAACAAUGGCAUUGCAGGGCCAGGGAGAGAGAGUGGAAUGGGAGUUGGAGUGCAGGAAAAGAGAGCAUUACCAGAGACAGAAGCCACUUGGGUUGUCAAGAAACCUCAACUUGAAACCACCCAGCACUUCAACUUCAAACCACUUGAGGAGGACCACAUUGAACAAAUGAUUGAGGAACUACUUCACUAUGGCUCCAUUGAACUUUGCAAUGUCUAGUCCAUUGGAUUAGGUUCACUAAAUUUCUCUCCUUUUUCGAUAUUCAUCUGAAACGUCAAACUGGGACUCUGUUACCAAACGUUAAAGCAAACACAGGGUUUACUUCCAGUCUAAUGGCACUCAUUUGCUA